ACAUUUCAAUUUCAGAUACAAAGUAACUCGCGUAGAAGAGCGUUCGGACGGGAAUUUGUUUUAGUUUAUUAUUACUGAUGAAGAAUUAGUGUACAUAAGUUGAAAAAAUACUAUUAUAUAAGUGUGAAAACGUUGAGUUUUGUUAAAUUUGUACGAAUCGUUCAAGUUUUAUAAGUUGAUAGUAGUGUUUCAUUGCAAUAUUGAACAUAACCUAACUUAUUGACAACAACAAGGAUACAUUUCAAGUUUCGAAACAUUGUGAUAGUGUCUUUCGUGAAAGUAUCAAUAAAGUGAAUAUUUUUGAUAUCAUAGUGCAUUCCGGAAGAAUAUAUGCGCAUUCUGAAGAAACUUGUGACUUUCUUAACAGUUAUUUCUCGACCUACUUUUAAUAACAGAUUAAGCAACCUGAAACUAAGUAAAUAAUUUGAAGUAUUUUUCAUAUUUAUAUAUCUUUAAUGAUGAUUUCAAAGACUAUUGAUUAUAGUUAAAAAAUGAGGUAACUGUCAGUGGUGAUUUGGUAUUUGAACAUUUUUUUUUGAAAAUGCGUUCCCACAAGAAAACUAAAGAAAGUGGUUUCUUCGAAGGCGAUUCGUCUGAUACGGACGGUAUAAUAAACAUGGGAAAAGCGUUAAAAAGGACUAAAGUGUGUACUACCUCCAGUGAAUCUAAAAGGAAACCGGAAUAUACUCAAGAAGAACUGGAUACCCACAUUAGAAAAAGUGAGCCAGACGUUAACCUUUCUGGUAUUGGAAGGGUUGAUAUGGCCCACUUUGAUUUGCUCAAAGUUCUAGGUACUGGAGCUUAUGGUAAAGUGUUCCUAGUUAGAAAACGCGGCGGUUUUGACGACGGUCGUCUGUACGCGAUGAAAGUACUGAAAAAAGCAACGAUAGUUCAAAAGAAAAAAACGACUGAACACACAAAAACUGAAAGACAAGUCCUCGAGGCCGUCCGUGACAAUCCCUUCCUAGUUACCUUACAUUAUGCCUUCCAAACGGAUGCUAAGUUACACCUCAUAUUAGAUUACGUAGCCGGAGGAGAACUAUUUACUCAUUUGUACCAAAGAGAACACUUCACAGAAGAUGAAGUGCGCAUUUAUAUAGGAGAAAUUAUUUUGGCUUUAGAACAUUUACAUUCGUUGGGUAUUAUCUACAGAGAUAUCAAAUUAGAAAACAUUUUAGUAGACGAGACAGGUCAUAUCGUUCUCACGGAUUUCGGUUUAAGUAAAGAGCUACCCAGAGAAGAAGCCGAUAAGAGAGCCUACUCGUUUUGUGGUACCAUUGAGUAUAUGGCUCCGGAAGUGGUCAAAGCUGGAACUCAGGGACAUGAUAUAGCCGUAGAUUGGUGGUCUGUAGGUGUAUUAACCUACGAACUUCUAACUGGAGCAUCCCCAUUUACAGUAGAAGGAGAAAAAAAUACUCAACAAGAAAUUUCCAAAAGAAUUUUGAAGUCUGUGCCUCCAAUUCCAGAUUAUUUAGGAGCAGAAGUAGCUGAUUUUAUUACUAAAUUACUAGUAAAGGAUCCGAGAAAACGUUUAGGAGGUGGUGAAGAAGACGCCAAAGAACUGAAACGGCAUCCGUUUUUCAAAAACUUAGACUGGGACAAGUUAGCUAAAAAGGAAAUUCCAGCUCCAUUCAAACCUGUGAUAAGGAACGAAUUAGACGUCUCCAAUUUUAGUGAAGAAUUCACGCAAUUACCUCCAACUGAUUCGCCCGCUGUAGUUCCACCAAAUUUCGAUAAGAUUUUCAAAGGAUAUUCCUAUGUAGCUCCAUCUGUACUUUUUAGUAAGAAUGUUAUAUCAGACGAUCUGAAUAAACCUAACAAACAACACGAGAAUAUUAAAGAUUUUAGAUUGAAGGACAGUCCAUUUUUCAAUACCUACGAUAUUGAUUUUAAAGAAGAAAUUUUGGGAGAUGGAACGUUCUCUAUUUGCAGGAGGUGUAUUCAUAGAACAACUGGUAAAGAGUAUGCCGUGAAGAUAGUUAGUAGAGCUAGGGAUUGUACACAAGAAAUAAAUUUAUUGAGAGCUUGUCAAGGCAACCCAAACAUUGUAUCUCUAUUUGAUGUCAAACAGGAUGAAAGUCAUACUUAUCUUGUUAUGGAGUACUUAAAAGGAGGCGAGUUAUUCGAUAGGAUAAGGAAAAAGUCUAAAUUUACGGAGAGCGAAGCUUCUCUAAUAAUGAGAAAGUUAGUAUCGGCUGUGAGCUUCAUGCAUUCUUGCGGAGUUGUCCAUAGAGAUCUUAAACCAGAAAAUUUGGUAUUUACCACAGAUGAUGAUGAUGCCGAAAUAAAGAUUAUAGAUUUUGGAUUCGCUAGAUUGAAGCAGGAACAGGAGUCUUUACAUACACCUUGUUUUACAUUACAGUACGCAGCUCCGGAAGUACUUAAAGGAGAUGUAAAUGGCUAUGAUGAAAAUUGUGAUUUAUGGAGCUUAGGAGUUAUUCUAUAUACUAUGCUUUGUGGGAAAGCACCGUUUCAUGCCAAAUCGAGAGAUGAAAAAGUAUCAUCAAUAAUGACUAGAAUAAAGGAGGGCGAUUUUAAUUUUGAUUCUCCAAAUUGGCAGGGUGUGAGUAAAGAAGCUAAAGUAGUAGUUGAAGGCCUUCUAACUGUAGAACCAUCACAAAGACUGAGAAUGAUAGAUCUCCAACACAACACUUGGAUUCAAGGCAGCCAAAAUUUCUCUCAAACGCCUUUAAUGACACCAGACGUACUCGGAUCGACAGCUGAAAGGACGCUCCAAACCACAUUCAAUGCUUUUCAUCAAGCAGAGCGAGAAGGUUUCCGGCUACAGGAUGUCCUCAAUGCUAAAUUAGCUCAAAGAAGAAGAUUAAAGAAGAGCUCAUCAGAUAACAACAGCUCUAAUUCAUCAUUUACUAGUGAGAGCUCACUCAAAAGCGGACCUGUGACACCAGCGCGCUCUAAUCUCUCACUUGAACUUAUAAAGACUGAAGAAAUUAGUGAACAAGCACCACCGGAACCAAAUAGUGUUCCCAAUAUAGUAAAUUCAACUAGUUCUGAAUCGAGAAUUUCGGAUGCUAUUCGUGAAUCAACCACCUCUAGCGGAAUUGUAAUGUCCGAUAAAAACUCCGUUGAUAGUAAGACGGAAAAGAAGAAAAGAGAGAAAAAAGUGUAUAUUCAAUCCAGGCAGAGUGAGCGAAUAAGAAGAAUUCGAUUGGAAAUUGACGGAGAACCACCUAUGGAAUUUAUUUGUUUACCAAACAGGACUAGAAAGAGGAAGAUCGUAGAUGUGGAUGAUGCCGAACAUCCAGAUACCCCUCAAUCGAAAAUUAGAAAGAAAGUUACUACUACAAACAAAAAAAAGAAACGGUAGACACUCGUUUUUCUUUUAAUUUCUAGUUAUUUUUAGUUGCAAGUCAUUUGUAGUUGUUAAAUUGAGGUGCAGAAAUAUUCAACCCCCUCUACCAAAUUGUUGGUAAAGGUUAUCCCAAAAUGAUUAAAUUUAACUGUAUUCUUUUUAUAAGUCUUUCAAAAUUUCUCUAAUACUUUUUGAACAUGAAUUAUCAAUUUGGGAUGACCUAUAAUCUAUACUCAGUAUUUUGAGCUUAAUGUAAGUUUACACUCAAAAAAAUUGGGGAACAUACGGAAAAUGGAGGUUGGUUACCAAAACAAAACAAAAAAAAAUGUGAUAAAAAUGGUUAAAUAUAAAUUACAAAUUUUUGUCAAAUACAUUUUUUUGGUUUUAAUGUUGAAGAAGUAGGAACGAAAAUGUUGCGAUCAAGUGAAAAAUAGGUUCUGAUAAUUUGUGUAAGGCUGUGAUGUAUUUUCUUUGCAGUUGUAUCAUUAUUUGUGAUUUUUUUCCAAAAAAGAAUAUUAAUAAAUAGUUUUAAUUCUCGAAUAAUAACGGUAUAAUGAUUAUUCACAUUUUCAAAUUCUGGUUUUCCUACUUACACUUAAAAAAUAAAUAUUUUUAUACCAAAAACUUAUCUGUUUAAUCUAAUUGUUAAUCAUUAUUUUAUAUCUUUGGUUUUUGAUGGACUCUUUAUUUUAUAAGAUACGAAAAAAGCUAAAUUGGUGCUGCUAUUAAAUAAAUGACAAUUUUUUUUGUAUCCACUUAUAUCGUUUAAAAAUGUUUCAAAUUGAUUUUAUUUUCGAAAAAUAUAUUAAAUUUCCUGUCUUAUGUUAAAGUUUUUUUGCAAGCAAUUUUUUAUUCCUCUUAGUCAUCCUCCAACAAUUAAAUAAGAAGAAACUAUUCAUCUAAUGUCUGAGAACAUAUUUGUUGCUUGGAAUAGCAUAAAGCAACUCUAUUUUUGAUGAAAUUAAAUGAAUAACAAAUAUAUUUGCCAAUGUUUUUAAACUAAAGUAAAAUAAAAAUCCGAUUUAACCUAUUUUUUUACAAAUAUUUGAAUGAACUGCUAAGAAAAUCUGUGAACCUUGUAUAAUACAUUUUUUGCAACAUUUGGUGUAAAAAAAUCCAUUUUCAUUUCAUCAAACAAACUUGUUAAGUGCACUUCUUUAUUAGAAUGAAUGUUAUUAGUUUUUUAUUCGGGGUGCAUCAAAAGUGAGAAAAGCAAAUUAAAUGAAAGUAUAACAGAAAUAGGGACUCUUUUGUUAUUAAUUUACCUUCUAUUUUUCAUUUGUUGUGUGGAAAAUAUUUAUAGAAUAAAGGGAGGCUGUUGAAUGAAAUUAUCACUUAUAUUUAGUUGGAAUAUUUCAUUCCCACCUAUGACAAUCGCCAAGUAUUACUCUAAUUCAAAAAGAUUAGAAUCAAAAUUUCACCUGUUUAAAAUUAAAAUUUUAAUCUCCGUUUCUGGGCAUAAUUUAAACAUAACAUAAUAAAAGUUCUGGAUCAUGAUUAGUAUAUAUUAUUAUCAUACAAGUUGAAGAAUAUUGUAUUGACAUAAUCACUUUUCAUUUAUUACUGUCCUUCUUUUUUAUUCACCAAUCAUUUUUCUAUUUAUCGAAGUUUGCUAAAUUUUUUCAGAAUUUAAAUAUUCCAUUUGAUGAGAAGAAUUUUUUUUUAAACUUUGGUUUAAAUCAAUUCAAAUUAUUGUAAUGAAUAUUGAUAGAAAAUAAAAAUAAAAACUUUCUGGCUUCGUGAUGCAACCUGUAUAAAGGAAAGAGAUACCAAAAACUUGUAUAUAUUAUUAUUAAAAAUAUAAAUGCAUAUAAUAAAUAAUAGAGAAUUUUUGUAAAUUGUUUAUUUGUCGUUUAAUUAUAACUGUAUGAAAAUUUUUGUACAGAUCAAUUAAAAAACCGUGGCGAACGUAUUAAUGUUAAAGAAUUAUAACUUGUUACUUUUUUAAUGUUUGGGAAGGUUGCAAUAACGCAAAAAAUCCUAAAAAAUGUAUUAGAAAAUAAGGUGACUCACGAAUAUUUCGAAUUGUUACAAGAAGGAUGAGUUAAUAUCUCAGAGGAAGAUUCAAUUUAAAUUUUGAUCACUAAAUGUGAUUGAGGUAAACACUUGAUAAUCUUCAUACAAACAGUUCAAAUAUAUUGAAUAUUAAGUGCAUUCAGUUAUUAUUCGAGUGAGGAAUUUAGUUAUUAUAAUUAUUAUUAUUAUUAUUAUUAUUUCUAUUAUUAUCAUCAGAUAGUGAAACUAGGAUCACAGGUUAAACAUCGAUUGUAAAAGUUUCGAAAAAUAAUUAUAUACGAGUAGUAUUGGAAAAUAUUUUACCGAACAUAGAAAUAUCAAUGUAAAAUCGUUAACCAACUUAAUUCAGUCAAAUAUCAUUAGAAUGUAUUAUAUAUAAUGAUCUUAGCUGUUCCACUGGAUCCCCCAUUCAGUUUUUUGGGUACCCUAAUUUUAUCAAAAUUAUUCGUUAUCAAAACAAGAUCGGGGAAGCAUAAAAGACCACAAAAAAGAGAAAAAUAGUAAAUUUGAUGAUUAUUUCAACCAAUUUAGGAUUUAGGAAGAUAUUAAACAAAAUUUUAAAGCAAUAAGAAGUCGACCCAAUUCACAUCUACUCUAUUACACUUUGGUAAAUUUUAGUGGAAUUCAAUUAUAAUUUAUAGUGACUUGUAUUGAAACUUGCAGUGGUUAAACAUUUAUAUUGAUAUUCCUAUGUUCCCUAUAUUUUUUCAGUACUCUACUUGAUGUACCAAAUUCACGCUUGUUAGGGUGGUGGUUGUGUGCGAGAUAUCUAUUAUUUUUGUAACAACAUGAAUAUAUAUAUAUAUAUAUAUAUAUAUAUAUAUAUAUAUAUAUAUAUAUAUAUAUACUCAUAUUUGAUAUACUAUAUUUUCAGUGCGUUCUGUUAUACAGGAUGUUUAGUUAGCGUGACUAAAGAUACAUACUAAAAUCAAAAUCGAAUACAACACAUAAAAACUUUAAAACUAACAUUGGCUAUUAAGACCUUUGCACUUAGUUUCACUUUUACUUAAGCUUAUGUGUAUUGAAACUGGUAUAAUUUUAUUCUAAAAUAUGUGCAACCUACUCAUUGUUAAAAUAGUUAUUAAUUUUUUUAUUUAUUAUUUAAAAUAUUUAUUCUUCAUUAUUACCUGAUACUAUUUCUUCGAAAAGUAUUGAAUUACUUCUACGUAUUAUCAUUUCUUUUCAAAAUUCUUGUUUGUUAAUUAUAUUUGUCCACUAAAUAUGUUUAGAAUUACAGUGCUCUUAUUACUCGUAAGCUGCGAGUUGAUUACAUCAAAUGAACUAGAACACUAGUUUACUGAAUUCUAUUACUACAUUGUAUUUGAAGGUAUAUAUCAUCUUUAAAAUUACAAUGUUUAUUUGACUACUCUCAUUGAGUGUAAAACAUGAACGUAGUUUAAAGUAAAACACUUAUAGUCAACUCAUUCUUAUAGGUAAAUAUUUUUCAACUAAAUUUUCAAAUAUUCAUAUUUGUUCCAACUAUAUGAGUGAGUAUAGAUUUCACUCACGUAUUUUAGUAUCAAUUUCAACUUUUUUGAUACUAAAUUAUUUCAACUUUUUCUCAAACUAUGAGUUUCUAUGGGGUGUUAUCGGCCGUUUACAGAAUCUGGUGGAGCCUCAUUUGCGGUGACAGAAAUUUGGUAAAUUUUUCCCAUUCAAUCUUUAUGAUUUUUGGAAUGUAACAUCCGUUGCUGAAGAGAGAUGUUUGGGGAGGAAGGUACUGGAAGCCGUCGGGCUACAGCGUGACACAAUCGUAAAUUUUCGGAAAAAUUGUAAACUGUUGGUCUCUGAGACAACAUGUUAGCUCCAGAAGGUUAAAAUUAAAUGAUCAUAUACAUUAUCUCCAAAUUAUCAAUACUAAAGAUUCACAAAUUUCCACGAGAGUAGCAAUUUAAAUUUUGUCUUUGCCACUAUUUCAAUAUACAGGAGAGCUAUUACUUAACCAAUUAUUUUCCAAUUGAUCAGCAUUAUAUUUAAAAUUGAGAUCCCUCUUCACCUUUUAGGUAAGCUGUUUUAAUGUAGUUAACAAAAAUGGAUAUAAUUGGAAGGAUUUCUUGGUUUCCUCUUAUUUAGCCAUUAAUUUGCGGUUUGAAUUUUUUUCCAUUGUAGGUAACCUUUAUUUUAAGAUUGGGCGAUGUGUAUUUUUUGUCUUUCACUUUGUGAUACUAAUACAAUAUAAAAUCGAUAUCUUCUAAUUUUCGAAUACUUCUCCAUAUAUAUCAAUUCAGAUUCAAUUUUUUCAUAUUUUUGUAUAACUUUCUGAUACCACCAAUUAUAUUUUUUCACUUUGAAUGGGAACUGAAUCCAAACUCUCUAAACUGCUUCGAAAAAUGUUCUCUAAACUGUUUGGGAAAAUCUUUAGUGUUUUUCUGGCUGCCUAGUGACAUAGUGUAUUUUCACUAACCACUUUUUAGUUAGCGUCAUUAUGAAACUUUAAAUUAUACUAAUUAACAUUACUUGAACUAAAAAGUCAAUUAGCUGAUGGUGAAUUGUUAUUUAAAUAAUUCUGCGGUGAUGUAUAAAAGUAUUUUAUAAAUUCUGUAAUUUCUAAAAUUUAUGAAAUAUCCGUAUCUCCAGAUUUUAAUUUCUUCCUAUCUCUUGAUAGUUUUUUUUGCAUCUAUGGAGCUUUGGCGUUUUUAAAUAAUACUGCCAUAUGUCUAUAUUCUUGUCAUUUUCAUUGUUUAGCUCUAAAUUAUUGUAUUUCAUUCUAAAUAUUUAAUUUAUGACACCACUAACCAUAUUUUUUACUUUGAAUCACAUAUUAAUGGAAGCACUUUAUAAAUUUAGAUCACUACUCUUGAAAUAUUCAUAUUUUUAUUCAAUUCUUUUAGCAAAUAUAAAACACAAGUAUUUCAUAAAAUUUGGAAGUAGUUCAAUGCUUUAAAUUUUAAUACUUUAAAUCACAAUAGUGAAGGUACAUAUUUGAUAUUUUGUUUUAACAGAUCUUUUAUACAAAAUUAAAAAAGGCUUUCAAAAACUUGUCAUGAACAUUUGAAAAAAUUGAGUGAAAUGUUUUAUCUUAAAAACAGAAAUACAUUUAUAGUCUUAUAAAUGUUUUUCUUUAUAUCAUCCUAAAACUUUAUUCUGUCACAGUUGUCAGUUUUGGUUUUUUUUCAGUUAAUAUAUUUAUACAGAAUAUUUAUACUAUUGGCAUAUUUAACUUUUUUAUAAAUACAUAAAUAAAUUAUAAAAAAAUAUGAAAUCUAUAAUUGUUCUCUAUAUUAUGGAAUUUUUUUUAUUAUGCCAAUGAGUCAAUGAUUCUCAACCUUUGCUAGUUUUUGUUCGCACUCAGGUACAAUGUAUCAAAAGUACACGUUGUUUAAGGGCACGAGGAAAUUUGUCACGUUGAUGUUUUGUAAUAAUGGAAAAAUAAGUUUUUCAUUCGAAUAUUGCUGGAAUUUGAUUUUCUGAAUAAAAUAUUCUGAUAGAAGUCAAUCAACUUGAGUGGAUCAACUAUUUUCAACUGUUCAGUAAUUGAAAUAUAAUGUUGUAAAGUUAGAAAGUCGAGAGGUUGCUUAUAAUCUAGUUCUUCUUUCACUUACGAUGCUUAAAAUAGUAAAACAAAGUUUAGUAGAAAAUCCCCCACAAUUAUAUUCAAAGCUAGUUGUUCAAACUACUGCUACAAUUUUGUUUUUUAAUUAUGAACAAGUUUUAUAUAAUUUAUAAAUUUAAUAUUUACUUUCGGAUUUACUUUUACUUACGUUUGUUAAAAAUUUAAAAUGAGUAUAUGUCAAUUAGGUUCCAAAAACUCAGAAGUUACCAACAGGCUCUAAAAAUGAAGAUAAGAAGAAAUUAACAGUAAAAUAAGUUGUAAUUUUUGUCUUCUUAUAGAGACAAUCUGAAAAAAAAAACUGAUUGAUUUUGGAAAAAAUCUGCAGUGAUAACUUUCUUUUGCUACCCUAACAACACUUAUAAAAAAUUAUCAUGUUUUUAGUAUUUAAUUUUAUAUUAUUUACCAAUAUUGUUCAUUUAUAUACGGUAUUUUUUCUGUAAAUGAUGGGUAUAUAUAUAUAUUUAUAUAUGAAAAUGUAUUGAGAAAUUUGAUCAGAGACCAAGUGGACGACAGUGCCUUUUUAUUCUAACCUCCCACCGAGGAGGAAUUCAAGCUUGUUUAGGGCAAGAUACAUAUGAUUGUAAUAUGCCUUAAUUAUGUUAGUAUUAAAUAUUUAAUUAUUUA